GCUGGGGCACAACACUAAGGGGCGGGACUUCCGGCCCCCUCCUCGGGGCGGACAUUUUAACUCCGCUGGUCCUGUUCGGUGUGCGAGGGCUGUCAGGACCCGAGUGACGGGAACAGGAAGGUCCCAGAGGGGGCGCUGUCGUUGCUGCACAGAGACGGGCCUGAACCUCGGCGGCACCGCCCGGGGUCCGCCGCUCCGGGUCUCCCCGCCUCUCCUAGCCCUGCUACCCCCAGAGUCCGAUGGCGGCGGCGGUGGCGGCGGCGCUGAGGGAGCAGCCUCAGGUUGUUGCCAUGAAGUGGAGAUCAAGAAGACUUCUUUUGAGCAAAAUGUUUCUUUUCAAAGAAUGUCACAGAUCAGGACUCCCAAGGCAGAUCUAUCCUCCAAAAAGGCCCACCCCUGUGAACUAUGUGUCCAAAUAUUGAGAGACUUUCUGUACUUGGAUGAAUGUCAAGCAAUACAUUCAAAGCUGAAAUUACAUAGGUCUGGGAAACAGUUGUAUGUCAGCACAAACCUUCAUCAGCAUCAGAAGCAGUGCAUAGGGGAGAAACUCUUCAGAAGAGAUGUGGAUAGAACUUCAUUUGUGAAGAACUGCAAAUUCCAUGCGUCAGGAAAGUCAUUAGUCUUCAGGGUGGUUGAGAAGGACUUCUUGACCAGGUCUCAAUUUCUCCAGCAAAGGGCUACUAACACCUGGGAGAGGUCAAACAGAACUGAGUGUGAGACAGCCUUUCAGAGGGGAAAAACUUAUCCUAACUGGGAAGAAGUUACCAAGAAGUCACACCUCAUUGUACACCAGAGAGUUCAUACCAGGGAAAGGCCAUAUAAAUGCAAUGAAUGCGGGAAAUCAUUUAGCCAAAAUUCUAUGUUCCUUCAACAUCAGAGAAUCCACACUGGAGAAAGACCUUAUGAGUGCAGUGAAUGCGGGAAAACUUUCAAUCAACGUUCUGCCCUUCAUCAGCAUCAGAGACUUCACACUGGUUCAAGGCCUUAUAAGUGCACUGAUUGUGGGAAAUCCUUUGCUGAUAAUUCCACCUUCAUUAAACACAGGAGAAUUCACACUGGAGAAAGGCCUUAUGAGUGCAGUAAAUGUGGGAAAGCGUUUUCCCAAAGUUCUUCACUCCUUCGACAUUGGAGAAUUCACACUGGAGAAAGGCCUUAUGAGUGCAGUAAAUGUGGGAAAGCAUUUUCCCAAAGUUCUUCACUCCUUCAACAUUGGAGAGUUCACACUGGAGAAAGGCCUUAUGAAUGUGGAGAGUGUGGGAAAUCAUUUAGGCAAAAGCCCAACCUUAUUUAACAUUGGAGAAUUCACACUAGAGAAAGACCUUAUAAGUGUAGGAAAUUAUUUAGCAAUAAGUCCCAUCUCGACCUCCAAAGAGGUCACACUAGAGAAAGGCCAUUUGAGUGUGGGGAAUGUAAGAAAUUCUUUGGCAAGAAGUCCUACCUCAUUAUACACCAGAGAGUUCACACCGGGGAAAGGCCAUAUAAAUGCAAUGAAUGUGGGAAAUCAUUUAGCCAAAACUCUAUGCUCCUUCAACACCAGAGAAUCCACACUGGAGAAAGACCUUAUGAGUGCAGUGAAUGUGGGAAAACUUUCAGUUCUGCCCUUCAUCAGCAUCAGAGACUUCACACUGGUUCAAGGCCUUAUAAGUGCACUGAUUAUGGGAAAUCCUUUGCUGAUAAUUCCACCUUCAUUAAACACAGGAGAAUUCACACUGGAGAAGGGCCUUAUGAGUGCAGUAAAUGUGGGAAAGCGUUUUCCCAAAGUUCUUCACUCCUUCGACAUCAGAGAGUUCACUGGGAAAAAAUCUUACAAGUAAAGAAAAUUUGAGAAGCUGGUUAGCCCAAGCUGUUUUUCAAAAUCAGAGAACUCACAUUGGAUCAAAGCCGUGUGAGUGCCAUGAGUGUCAGAAAUACUUUGCAAAAAGCUUCAGGUUCAUUAAACACAGGAGUGUUCAUACUGCAGAAAGGCAUUAUAUUGUAGGAAAUGUUUGAAUUCCUUUACCUACAACUCUAGUCUCAUAGAACACCAUAAUGUUCACACUGGAUAAUAGCCUUGCGGAUGUAACUAAUGUGGGAAAUUGUUUUUUUAGCCAAAACUCUAGCCGACAUACUGGAGAGUUCACAGGCUUCACUCUUAUUUCAUUGAAUACCACAAAGUUCAGAAAAAAUAGUUGUGCAGGGAUGAAUUAUUGGUCAGUAUAACACUGGGGAGAUCCCUUAUGAGGGUGUUGUCUGCCUCUGUUGACCUCAUACAUGCAAUAAACUGCCGGAGUCCAUCUCCAGCAGCCAGGGAUUCAACCUGAAGGGGUGAGCGGUGUUGGCGAGAAACUGAGGCAGCCUCUCUUUUUUCUUGGACUGCCUGUUUAUUUCAAGCUUGUGAUUCUCUUUUAUACUUUUACAAAAGCAUUAGGUCAGAGGUUUGAUAUUUUUAGUUCCCAUUGACCCAGAUUUAUUUUUCUCCAAAAAUCAUUGUUGCCCCUCAAAAGGAGCUCCUUCCUCAUUGAUUCUCUUAUCAACUUCUUCUCAUGUGUCCUUGUGAAUACACUGUAAUUCAUGCUAAUGUCUGGGCUGCAUACCACAUUCCUCAGUUUAAUUCUUAUCUUUCUAAGUCCUGUUUGCCCCUAGUAUCCUAAGCUCACUAUUUCGUAGAAAGGGCUUCUAGCUAAUAAUAUCUCUAAAGUCCCUAAUUUCUAUAACCUAUAGUAGAAUAUGCUAACAUUACAGCAAUCCUUAAAUCUUUAGCUUCUAAUUAUUUUAAUUAUUCCUAAGCCCUAAAUUCGGAGAAGGCAAUGGCACCCCACUCCAGUAC